AUGCUCAAACUCCCCCGAACGCGCACCAGCGACGUGAAAGUCGCCAUCUGCGGCGCCGGGGUCGCGGGAGGCACUUUGGCGGAGAUGCUGAGCCGGAGCAGCCGCGUGUCGGAGGUGCACCUGUUCGAGAUGGGGCGCGGGCUCGGCGGCCGCGCGGCCACGCGCAAACCACGGGCGCAGCCGGGCAUGAGUUUCGACCACGGCUUUCAGUACGUCACCGCCGCGUGCGGGUUAGACGUAAGCCUGAUCAAUGAGUGGGAGGAGAAAGGUCUGCUGCACCCCUGGGGUCUCGAGGGCACCUUCGCGCAAAUGCAGUACCUCAGCACGGGCGAAAUUAAGGUGUCGACGAACAACCCGAAUUUCAGCUGUGGCGCCACCUCCAGCCUCUCUCCCGAGUUGCGGGGCGUGUUCAUGGAUUUGGGUAUGCACCCCGGCACGUUCGCGAACCGCAGCAACGACGCCUCGGCGUCUCCAAUGCACCACUCCGGCGCGAGCGGAAACAGCUUAUAUGAUGAACAAGCAGGUGAACUACAGGCGCAGCGGAAGCCGGAAGAGUACCUCAGCGAACUUCCGUACGUGGGGUACACAAGUAGCAGCAACAUCGUCGAGAAGCUGGUGGCGGACAACCCGAAAAUUAAGGUGCACUGCGGCACACGCGUGGUGCCGUCCUUCCGAGGGGUCACCGGCGGUUCCUCUCCGACGAUGCCCUCGCCGGGCGGUGCGAAAGGCAGCAAGCCGGAGCGGGCGUGGCGCGUGCGCAAGUGGGUGAAUGCGGAGGACGCGAUGCGCAAGCGGGACGGAGCUGCGGAUGGUGCAGUCGAUGACAGCUUCACGGAGGAUAGUUUCGAUUUCUUCGUGUCCGCGGACCGGCUUUUCCUGAGCAUCAAGGGUGAGGAGCCUUUCUUCUCGCGACAAGAAACGGCGGAACUGCUCGAGCCCAUUCAGCAGCUGUUGUACCGAGAAAUCGAGAGCUUACCGGUCAUCACCUGCAUGCUGGCCUCGCGUCCGAAGGGGGAAAGAGUUAUAACAGGAGACGAUGCGAGUGGUCCCGCGGCCUCCUUGAAGGACAAUCUGCUGAACGGUAUUCACUAUCUGAAGCACCCGAUUCUGAAAUGGGCCAGCCGCGAGAACGCCAAGCCGGGCCGCGGUGCGUUUUCCUAUAAACCUGACAAAGCUGGAGACCCAGAGCCGGUCGAUUGCUGGGUGGCAAUGAGCAACCCCAUCUGGACGAAGGGCAGAAUAGACGAGUUGCGCCGCCAGCUGGAGUUUGAGGAAGAUAUGCCACACGCGGAGGAUGAAGCUGGGCAGCUGGACAGCAGCACGUUCUUCGAAAAAUUACGCGAGCGGUGCAACGCGCUUGCGGAAGCAGAAGUUCUGCCCGCAUUCAUCCAGUCCCUGAAGCUGUUGUAUCCGGAUUGGGAAGCCAAGAACGAAAUUAUCUACCAGGUUGGUGUAUGAAUGGCAACUAUAAUAAUGUCAAAGUCACCGACUUCACGGGUAUGUUGACAAACUGCUCUUUGUUAUCGAUGCAUGGCGAGAGUACAAACGAAAACCUUUGCUUGUAGCGGUUAGUAUAGUAAUCUUCAUCAUCUGGAGCAAGCUCGUCCGUCCGUUGCAAGUGAGAUUUGAACGAUGCAGAAACUGAAAUUCAAUCAAGAGAACAAGCCAUGCUGUCGUGCCGCGAAUGAUGGUGCAGUUGUCUCCACCGAAGACCAAAGACGUUGACAUUUUUGCAUGUGAUAUCGUCACCGUUGGGGAGCCGCCUACCCAGACCGAAGUGCGCAGUUUUUGCACUUGCUCGCGGACCACGGCAAGAUCGUCGGCGAGGAAGAGGCGUUUUUUGCGGCGCAAAGUCACCUCGGCAUGUGCGGGGACUAUUUUACGCAUCGGCCGGGUCGGUUACUCGCCGCCGCGCACUCCGCCAGGGUCUUGGCUGCAGAAAUUUUGCAGUACCUGGAUGAGCAAGCCAGUGGCAUGGAGGGAGAUAGCGUGGCGGAGGAAGGGGCGAAGCUUUGAUCCUUCUUUUCAAAUGCACGGCGACAACGAUCGCUGACACACAAAUGGAUGCGCAAAAAAGUUAUUUUGAAAUUUGUACGAAAAGGUUGGUGGCAUUGGGAAUCGAACUUCGCAAAGAGAUAGGACGUGUGUGUAGCAGUACCACUACCGAAACAACGAAGUUGAAAUAAAGAUGUUGAUUGUCAUGAUCAUCAAUCAUCAUGCCAGAGAUGUGAAGCUUGAUGUAUUCAAUGCAUCUAUGUAAAUGUGGAUGUUUUUCUCCCAACCACUUACAGCCGAUGGAUUCUACGCGACGUUUUUGUGAAGGAAACUAGAACUCAUGUUCGACCUGAACGGGAUCGUUUCGACAUAGUGCACAAGUGCUUUUGCUAAACUGUGAUGCAGAAGGUUUGUUCCAGCAGCUUGUUGAUCGUUCGCUAUAAGUAGAUGCCGAGAUGAACGGGAGUCUUCAAAUAGACACAGCGAGAUCGACAGGGAUCAGAAACAGUG